GUCAAACAGCAGUGAAGCAAAACGCUCCGCAUCCAGCUUGCGUUUCACCCGAGAACUGACAGCAAAGCUCAAUGCAAAUGUGCUUGUAAGGACCUUUCUCACUCGCUCUCGUGCAAUUGGAUUUGAUAAAAAUGGGACUAUUUGAUGCCCUACGAGAUUUUAAUUUAUUGACGUGGCUAAGAGAAGAAAGACAGUCUCGGAGGCUCAUUCUGUUUAUCGUUUUUAUAGCUUUGCUUUUGGACAACAUGCUUUUAACGGUGGUCGUGCCAAUUAUUCCCAGCUACCUGUACACAGUGGACGACGAGGCCUCCCAGGCAGCCCAGAAUCACUCCAUCUCCUCUCUUUCGCCAUCCGGCACAUUUCAGAGCAUUGUGUCUUUGUACGAUAACUCUACACGCCUGACUGGCUUCAGUCCCCAGAUGAGCACGUCUGGCCCAUUGACCACGGCCCCUCCUUCUGCGACCCCCCCUCAAAACCAGUCCGAUUGCCCCAAAGCAGAUGAGCAGCUUCUGGAUGAGAACGUGAAAGUGGGUCUGUUGUUUGCCUCAAAAGCAACAGUACAACUCAUCACUAACCCCUUCAUAGGACCCCUCACCAACAGAAUAGGCUACCAGAUCCCAAUGUUUGCCGGUUUCUGCAUCAUGUUUGUUUCCACCAUCAUGUUUGCGUUUUCAUCAAGCUAUACAUUGCUGUUUUUGGCCAGAUCUCUACAGGGUGUUGGCUCGUCCUGUUCUUCUGUAGCAGGUAUGGGGAUGCUGGCAAGCGUUUACACAGAUGACGAAGAAAGAGGAAAUGCUAUAGGAAUUGCCCUGGGAGGACUAGCCAUGGGAGUUUUGGUUGGCCCUCCUUUUGGCAGUGUCAUGUAUGAAUUUGUCGGUAAGACGGCUCCUUUCCUUAUCCUGGCAGUGCUCGCUGUGCUUGAUGGAGCUCUGCAGUUGUUUGUUCUUCAGCCUUCAAAGGUUGAGCCAGAAAGCCAGAAAGGAACUCCACUAAUGACUCUCAUGAGAGAUCCAUACAUCCUCAUUGCAGCAGGUUCCAUUUGUUUUGCUAACAUGGCCAUUGCAAUGCUGGAGCCAGCUCUGCCCAUCUGGAUGAUGGAGACAAUGUGCCCCAGGAAAUGGCAGCUAGGGGUUGCAUUCGUGCCAGCCAGUGUCUCAUAUCUUAUAGGGACCAACAUCUUUGCUGUUCUGGCUAACAAAAUGGGGAGGUGGCUGUGCUCACUUAUUGGGAUGCUGCUGGUUGGCAUCAGCAUUCUUUGUGUGCCUUUUGCAAAAGAUAUAUACGGACUCAUUGUGCCAAACUUUGGAGUUGGAUUUGCAAUUGGUAUGGUGGACUCUUCGAUGAUGCCGAUCAUGGGCUAUCUUGUAGAUCUGAGACACGUGUCUGUGUACGGCAGUGUGUAUGCCAUUGCUGACGUUGCCUUCUGCAUGGGCUUUGCUUUAGGUCCAUCCGCAGGUGGUGCGAUCGCUCGGAGCAUCGGCUUCCCUUGGCUCAUGACCAUCAUUGGUGUGGUGGACAUCCUGUUCGCUCCUCUCUGUUUCUUCCUGCGCAAUCCUCCCGCCAAUGAGGAAAAGAUGGCCAUUUUGAUGGACUCUAAUUGUUCAAUGAGGACACGUUCCUACUCCACCCAGGGCUCCAGCUACCAAAUGGGUGACGAUCUGGAUCUAGAGAGCCCUGAAUAGGCCUCAUCACUGUCCUUGGCCAUGUAUGUCACCCAGAGUAUCUGUUUUGUUUUAUGAAUGGGCAAAACGACAGACUUUAAAGAAAACCUAUAAUGCUGAUUUGUGAGAAUAUAAAAGGGAAAACAUGCACUUUUAUCCAGUAUAACAAUGUUAUUAACAAAAGUCGUUUCUAGGUGCACAUGUCAGAAAAAUGGGCAGCUGAUAAGGUAAAAUAUGGAGGAUUCAGAUAUGAAUUGGUUUCGUUUAAAUAUGACUUCUGACAGAUAUGUAUUGUAUAUUUAUUGUUUGUUUGUGGUGGUAGGAAAAAGUGUGGUCUUCAUAUCAUAUCUGUUGGUCCUGUUGAAGUCUUUUCAUAGGUGAAAACGUCAUUUAAGGUGCAUUUGACUCAGCUAGAUGGAUUAUAACACCUUGAAAUGGGCCAUAAAAUGUUUUCAUCCUUAUCAUAAUCAGGUGAAAAUGAACAGUGUCAAUUUUCACACAGAAUAAAUAAGAACAGCUGAAGAACAUUUUAGGCGAAUUACUUACGAGAUAUUUACACUAAUGAUUUGAUUUGUGGCUUUUAUUUCAGUUCCGGCUUUUGAGCAGACAAACAGGACCUGCAGGACCUAAGCUUAAUACAUAACAAAAUCUGCAUAAUGUUUUUUUUUUUUUUUUGUGUGUGUGUGUGAAAAAGCUAAAGGUCCGACUACAUUAGAUAAUCAAGCAAGUGAGUGUCAUGUGUCAACAAGUCCUACUGUCUUUGGAAAUCUGUUUUAUAUGUGUGACUUGUGUGGUGUCAACUGAACAUGAUGUACCAUACUCCUAUAUUUAGAUUUUACAUGGUGAUAUAAACUUUUAGUUUUGUUAUAUGAAGUAAAUUAUUACUGUAUAGCAUCCAGAUACCUUAGGUACUUAAAAUUAUAUUUUGCUUUUAAAGUGUAUAUAGUAUAUAUAUAUCUAUAUUUUAGUAAGUCAUUUGAAUGUGCUGGAAUGCUAAUAUCUUCAUUUGUACAGGAUGCCUCAAUAUUGCUCUUUCCCAUAGUCAUUUUCUUUUCUUUUUCUUUUUUCCCUCUGUUGUUUUGGUUCUAGCAAAUGUGUUAUCAUGAACUGGCUGUGAAAUGAAAUGGCCUUAAGGAAUGCUAUAUUGCGGGUUCAAUACAAGUUACGCUCAGUCAACAGCAUUUGUGCCAUAAUGUUGGUUACGACAAAAAAAUAAAAUAAAUAAAUAAAUGUUUUUACUUGUCCAAAAAGUGAGGUUACAGUGCGGCACUUACAAUGGAAGUGAAUGGGGCCAAUUUAUGGUGGGUUUAAAGGCAGAAAUGUCAAGCUUAUAAUUUUAUAAAAGCACCUAUAUUAAUUCUUCUGUUAAAACCUGUGAAUUAUUUUAGCUGUAAACAUUGUUUUAGGGUUUACGAAGUUGUAACAUAGGUUAAGACUUUACACAGAAAAGGUUAGUAAGCAAUUUUAUCACACUAAAAUCAUGUUAGCUCGCAUAUUGUUUAUGUCUUGUGGUUAUACUUUUAAUGUUUACAGAUUGGCCCAUUCACUUCCAUUGUAUGUGCCUCACUGUAACCUUGAUUUUUGCUUUUUUUGUGGCAAUCAACAUUGUCACAAAUGCAGUCAAUUAAGCUCAACUUGUACUGAACCUGGAACUUUCCUUAAAUUGAGCUCCUAAAAUGGUCAUAAAACCCUAAAUGCUUAAAGCCAUAUAAAAUGACUAGAGUUUUAUGAAGACUAUAAAUAUUUUGUUUCAUGUAAGUAUUUCUUUAUUUUCCAAGGGACAUGGUCAUCAGAGGUCUGUGCAGGCCAUGGUGUGGUUUCCUUAGCCAUCUUUUUUAUUUUUGUAAAGAUACAUCAUAUGCCUUAAAAUCAGAUAAACCUGCUGCAAACACUAUUUAAUGGCAAGUGUUAGGUAUGUACUGUAUGUACACUGUUUUUGACCCCAUAAUAAUACUGUUGUGCCAAGGGCCUAAUUUAACAUAUGCUAACAAGGUAAAUUCCUGGUAAACCUAAUAUUUAAAAAUCCAGACAGCUUCUUCCCAUCUUUUGUUUACGUUAUAUUCUAAAAAAGCAUUUUGAGCCUGCUAUAUACAAACUAAUCUUAUAUAGUGAGUAAAUAGGUCUUCAAUAUUGUUUCAUGCUCCUUCAUUUCCUGGUAUCUAAGUACUGAGGACACCAUGUUCUCUUAUUGCCCACAGGUAAAUGAUUUGAUACACAGCAUGUUUUCCUCUGGAGCUAGAAUCAGUUUAAUGCAACAACUUUAACCCAAACAAGCCUUUGAGAAAAAUCAUGUGAGCUCAGUUUUAGGUAUCUGGGUAGGGUUGCACCAGCUGUGCGUAAGGUCUCACGUAAGUUGGGACAUAAAGUUUACACUAAGGUCUUAGUAACUACUAGUUAGUUUGUAACUAAGUCAGUGCUUAAUUUGGUUGCACCACCUGUUCUUAAGGCAAGUCUUAACUAGUAGGUCGUAAGCUCUCCGUAAAGUAAUGCGUAGUCGCAUAUUAUGACGUUUACCUGUAUUGAUCCAAUAAACAUCUUUCCAAUUUGUACACAGAUGUAUUAAAAAGCUGUGCAUUUCAGUUUGAUGUUGUUAUGGUUGAUGUUCAAACCUUGUUUGCUCAUGUAACUGUCAGCUGUAAUAAAUUAUAUCCCCAUUAAAAUACCAUACGUAACAGAAGUAGAUUUAAUAAAUAGCAUAUUUGCCCUGUGUAAAUAACAAUAUAUAGGAACUGUAUCUAAAAUAAAUAAAGGGUGAUAAAUAAAUACUAAUACAACAGGCUGGAAAAAUAGACAAUUAUUCAUUUUCAUGUAUAUACUGUAUUUUGAAUGUGUUGAAACUUGACACCAGGCGAUACACCCUGAAAACUGCACCGUUAGGUUGGUUUAAUGCUGAAGAGCUGCUUAAAAGUAUGUUUUUUUUUCUCUCUCGUAAAUGUAAACGAGUGUAAAUGCCAGCACCAUCAUAUAUGUCGAAAUGAUUGAUGCCUGUCAUGCAAAACAUGAGCUCACUGAUGUCAUUAAAUAUCAUUCUGCUUUUUUAUUCCAUCAGUUACGCCUGGUUGGAGUCUGCUGUAAAUAUUUAGUUUAUACGUAGGGUUACGUCCUACCUAAGUUUAAUGGUGCAACGCUCAAAUAUUUAGUAGUGCGUAAAUUGCCCAUUUACGCCACAACUAGGCAAAGUUCUAAUGUACGUAUAGCUGGUGCAACCGGCCCCUGGACAACUGAGCUUGUUUGUGUUAGAUAUGAGAGAUGGGGCCCCCACACUCAUUCCUCUGUCAUUAGAAUUAUAAUUAUGGACAGACCAAAUGCACAUGGGGCAGCAAACUGCACAUGUUGUUUUCCACUAUUAUCUGAAACAAUUCCACAGGUUUAAAUGUAAACACAAGUAUAAAAACCUGCUCUAAUUAGCCCAACACAACUGAACCAGCUAAUCAAGGUAUACAACUACACAUAGGUGUUACAGAGGAUAGAUGGAUGCCAAUUUCUAGAAACAGGACUGAGCACCCUAAGCUUAAUCAGAUUGGUAAAUGUUUUGCCAAUAUUUGCUAGGUUACUGUUGCAGCAGUUUCCUUUAAACUUCAAUGUUGUUUCUUAAACUGUUUGCCCAUUAAGGGUUAAGAGUAUUAUGUAUAUAAUUUAAAUUUGUUUUUAUCAAAAACAUAUGUGUAUGUGCCAAUGUCAGUGUGUGCCUUCAGACUGGUAUGUCUUUUGUUUGUGCUUUAACUAUAUCAACUUCAGUAGUAAUGGGUUGAGUUUUUUUUAUCCAGUAUUUGGUCUGGUGAUCAGCUUGAGAGCUGCAAGGGAACUACUGUCUGUGACCAGAGCGGAAAAUAAAUGUUUAAUAAGACUGAA